AUGCACGACGGGGCCCGCCACGUGUACGACGCGGCCAGGCGCGUUUCCGUGGUGGCGGUGGCCACGGCGCGCUGUUUCCAGAUCUACCGCCACGUGCUCGGCGCCGAUUUCGGCGGCGACGCCGCCGGGCGGCACGCGGCGCUCGCGGAGGCCCACUUGGCCGCGGCGCGCGUGGCGUUGCGUGCGCUCGAGGAAAACGGCGGCAUCUACAUCAAGUUGGGCCAGCACGUGUCCGCGUUGACGUACCUCCUCCCGCCGCAGUGGACGGAGACCAUGACGCCGCUCCAGGACCGGUGCCCGCGGCUGUCGCUCGCGGAGAUCGAGCUGAUGUUCCGCCAGGACAUGGGCGUGCCGCUCGCCGAGUACUUCAGCGACUUCGACCCGCAGCCCGUGGGCGUGGCGUCCUUGGCGCAGGUGCACAUCGCCACGCUCCGGGCCACGGGCGAGCGCGUGGCCGUCAAGGUGCAGCACCCGCUGCUCGCGCGCUUCGUGCCCUUGGACGUGUACAUGACGCGGACCGUGUUUGGGCUCAUGAACCGCGUGUUCCCCGAGUACCCCAUGGCGUGGCUCGCGGACGAGCUCCAGAACUCCAUCUACGUGGAGCUCGACUUCACCAACGAGGCCGCCAACGCGCAGAGGACCGCGGCGCAGUUCGCGCCGCUCCGGCGCCGCACCGCGUUGCGCGUGCCGGCCGUCGUGUCGGCCGAGAAACGCGUCUUGGUCAUGGAGUACGUGGCGGGCGCCCGCCUCGACGACUUGGCCUACAUGGAGAAGCACGGCAUCCGCACGCGCGACGUGCUGGCGUGCCUCUCGCACGUCUUCAACUCCAUGAUCUUCUCGCCGGGCUUCGGCUUGCACUGCGACCCGCACCUCGGCAACUUGGCCAUCCGCGCCGCGGACCCGCGCUCCAGCACCACCGGCCGCAACUUCGAGAUCGUGCUCUACGACCACGGCUUGUACCGCUACAUCCCGUUGCAGAUGCAGCGCGACUACGCGCACUUCUGGCUCGCCAUCUUGGACAACGACGUGCCGCGCAUGAAGCACUACGUGGAGAAGUUCUCGGGCGUGCUGGGCGACCAGAAGUUCCGCAUCUUCGCCUCCGCCAUCACGGGGCGCGACCCGGACAGUGUGCUCAACUACGACAUCUCCAAGGCCCGCGACGACAAGGAGCUCUUGAACAUCCAGACCCAGCUCAACACCCCGGAGGUGCUCGAGGACUUGAUGGCCAUCUUGGCCAGCAUGCCGCGCAUGGUCUUGUUGAUCCUCAAGACAAACGACCUCACGCGCAACCUCGACGAAACCUUGAACCACCCGUUGGGCCCGGAGCGCACGUUCUUGAUCUUGGCAAACUACUGCGCCAGCGUCGUGUACCGCGAGGCCGUGGACGCCGUCGGCAGGGCUUCCGCCGCGUACUCGUGGGCGCGCAUGAAGGGCACCGUGGCCGCGUGGCUCGCCUACCGGAAGAGACUAUGCUCAUUGUACUUUCUCGACGCGGCCGUGUUCGUCAGGAACAUCGUCCGUGCUUGA